GAGGGUUUAAUCCAAAGCAAAGAAAAGCACGGUUACUGUUGGUGUUUGAGAAGAGUUGUUUAUCUUUCUUUUUUUUUUUUUUUCUUCCUCUUUCUGCUACAACACGACGAUACACUCCGUGCUGGCCAAGAUUCCUUCUUUCUCUCCAGAAAGAAUCCCUAUUAUCAUGUUUGCUAUUUCCUUCGUAUAAAAACCAGAUACUAAUCCUUGUCGCUUUUUGGGGGGGAGUUAUUAUGGGAUGUUCUAGUUCAAAGUUAGAUGAUCUUCCGGCAGUUGCUCUUUGUCGGGAAAGGUGUACUUUUUUAGAAGAAGCCAUUCAACAACGUUUUGCUUUAGCCGAAGCUCAUCUCGCUUACACAGCGUCUUUGAAGUUAUUUGGUCAGUCUUUGAAUAACUUCAUCGAGCAUGAUUUUGGGACUUCUUCAGGGGCGGCGUUACCGCCUUCUCCUCUGUCGCCUAAUAAACUUAAAAAUAAAGAGGUGGAUCCAAUUGAAAUCGGGUCAAGUCCACCCAAAAAAGGUGAUGUUUCCCAUCACCAUUCCCAUUCAAAUUCUGGGUCUCAUCUUCACUUCCUUUCCGAUUCAGAUGAAGAUGAUUCCGGCGGCUCUUUGCACCAUUCUUCGCCUUUGCACGACGAUGGUGUGGGUCAUAUAGAGUAUAUGAACCAAAAUUAUCCCAAUUAUGGGCCUUUUGAAUCUGGGCCUUUUCCCGGUGGGUCUAUGCAUACCAAUUUUAUGAAGAAGCAACCAACGCCGUCCAUUGUUUAUGAACAAAGGCCUAUGAAUCCAGAGACGGUUUAUAUGGGUGAAUCUUCAUCUUCUCCUUAUUAUCCUUACUCUUAUGCAAGUAAUUUUAAUCCCAACUCUGGUUCAUACCUUUAUUCGGGUUACCCAAAUUACGGUGGUUUUAGUAAUUAUUCUUCUUAUUCGGCGUCUGGUUAUGGGUCUUCGCUGCAACCGUCGUCAACGGCUGUUGAGUCGUACUCGAAACCACCACCGCCUCCACCUUCACCUCCGAGAGCUUCAGCUUGGGAUUUCCUGAACCCUUUCGAGAGUUUUGAAAACUAUUAUCCUCCGUAUACGCCGAGUAGGGAUUCAAAGGAGGUUAGAGAAGAGGAAGGGAUCCCUGAUUUGGAAGAUGAGGAUUUUCAACAUGAAGUAGUUAAAGAAGUGGACGGGGAUCAGAAAUUUGUUGACAGCGGUGGUUAUUCCAAUUCCCCAGUUGAAGAAGAGGAUGGGAAAGUUACGACUAGUGAAACAGAGGCUUCGCUUUAUCAGGCGAGGCCCAGUGUUGGGAUUGAAAAUGAUAGGGUGGAAAAUGAAGUUCAUGUGGUGGUGAAGAAAGCGGUGGAUGAUGAAAGGGCCGAGGAGCGUGGCACCGGGUCAAGGGGCACUCCAAGGGAUGUUUUUGAGGUUAUUAGAGAGAUACAGGUCCAGUUUAUGAGAGCUUCGGAGUCUGGGAAUGAACUUGCUAAGUUGCUUGAGGUGGGAACACUUCCUUACAAGCCCAAACAUGUUUCCAAGAUAUUGCAUGUAGUUACUCCUUCAUUAUCUGUAGUAACAUCUAAGCCAUCUACUUCGAAGACUGGUGAAUCUUCUUCCUCGGCUGACAACACUGAUCCAACAUUUUUAGACUUCAAUGAAAAACUGGCGAGCAAACCGAAAAACCUUUCGUCUACUUUACACAAGUUAUAUCUUUGGGAAAAGAAGCUCUACAAUGAAGUAAAGGCUGAGGAGAAGAUGCGGGUAGCUUACGACAAGAAAUCCGACAAUUUAAAAAGAUUAGAUCAAAGGGGUGCGGAAGCUAGCAAAAUUGAUUCAACCCGUAAUUCAAUCAGGAGCCUGUCCACAAAGAUAAGAAUAGCAAUUCAAGUUGUUGACAAGAUAUCUGUGACAAUUAAUAAGAUCAGGGAUGAGGAAUUAUGGCCAUUGCUAAAUGAACUGAUUGAAGGGUUAAACAGAAUGUGGAAAUCAAUGCUUGAAUGUCAUCGUAGUCAGUGCCAGAUGAUCAGAGAGGCCAAAACUUUAGGUUUAGUAGGGUCUCGCAAAAAGCUCAGUGAUGAUCAUCUUAAGGCCACACUGCAGCUUGAGCAUGAACUUAUUAGCUGGACUAUAAGAUUCUCAAGUUGGAUAAGUGCCCAGAAGGGUUAUGUGAGGGGUUUGAAUAACUGGCUUCUAAAAUGUCUUAACUAUGAACCUGAAGUGACCGAUGAUGGAAUAGCUCCCUUCUCACCUAGCAGGGUUGGUGCACCACCCAUAUUUGUAAUAUGUAAUCAGUGGUCACAAGCAAUGGAUAGGAUAUCUGAACGAGAGGUGAUCGAUUCUAUGUGGGUUUUGGCCACGAGUGUGCUCCAGCUAUGGGAACAAGAUAAGUCGGAAAUGCAUCGGUGGAUGAUGUCCAAUAAGGAUUUAGAGAGAAAGGCAAGGAGUCUGGAUAGAGAGGAUCAGAAGUUGCAGAAAGGGAUCCAAGCAUUAGAGAAGAUUGUUUUGGUCUCUGGAGAUGGUAAUAAUCUCUCAGUAGCUGGAAAUGUUGUGCAUCAGAGUGAGACUAGUAACCAUAGUUUGCAGGGGAGCUUGCAACACAUUUUUGAGGCAAUGGAAAAGUUCAGUUCUGAGUCCUCCAGAGCCUAUGAUGAGCUUUUGCAGCGCGUUAAAGAAAGGAUUGGGCAAGAGCAUGAGAGAGUAUCAUAGGACUAUGAAAUAAAAUGAUUAUGGCACUAUUUGGAUUGAUGAUCUGGUGUAGGCAGUCUAUUGCCGUCUGAGAAAUGAAGCUCGGUGGUGGUUCCGUGGGUCCUGCAACGCACAACUUGGUCAGUUGCUCUUCUGUCAGGGAAGACCUGAUUAUGAAUGAGAUGGUAAGGGGAAUGUUAGAUGAUUCAUGGUUGCCUUACAAGAAUAUGGACAGGCUUAUGAUGCAUAACUGAAGAACAUCGAGAGGGGCUAGUUGGUGUUGUGGAUUGCAAAGCUUUUGAUCCGGCAACUAUCGAAUCUUGCCGAGAGCUCAGGACAUUGAUUUUGCAUUUGGAGGUAGUGAAACGUGAUGUCUAUUGAAGGUGUUCAAAAUGCGUCUCCUUUUCAUUGAACAAAAUGGGGCAUGCUUCUGCAAACAAAAUGCAGCCAUUGUGGCCAAACCAUCGGAGUAAGCAUCGGUUAAUUAAAAUUAUAUAUGAAAAUAAUUAUUACAAAUUUGAUAUAAAUUACAUUUUA